GUAACACCAGAAACAGGUGACGCAUUUAUCAUCAAUUUCGUUUUCUGUCAAAAGUGCAGACAAAGAGUGUGAUUAUUUUGUAUUUUUCCACGUUUUGUAUAAAAUUUUAGUGCAAAAUGUCUUCAAGAAAAAAGGUACUCCUGAAGGUAAUCAUCUUGGGAGAUAGCGGUGUCGGAAAAACAUCACUCAUGAAUCAGUUUGUCAACAAGAAAUUUUCCAAUCAGUACAAGGCAACAAUAGGCGCAGAUUUUCUCACGAAAGAGGUAAUCGUUGACGACAGGAUCGUCACAAUGCAGAUUUGGGACACAGCCGGCCAAGAGCGUUUCCAGUCGUUGGGAGUAGCAUUUUAUCGCGGGGCGGAUUGUUGCGUAUUAGUGUUUGACGUAACUGCCCCCAACACGUUUAAGUCCUUGGAAAGCUGGAGAGACGAAUUCCUGAUACAAGCUUCGCCGAGAGACCCUGACAACUUCCCGUUCGUGAUAUUAGGCAAUAAGGUCGACUUGGAUAACCGCGCCGUUUCCGCAAAGCGUGCUCAACAGUGGUGUCAAAGCAAGAAUGAUAUUCCGUACUUUGAAACGAGUGCCAAAGAAGCCGUGAACGUAGAACUAGCCUUUCAGACUAUAGCUCGCAAUGCCCUGGCGCAGGAAACCGAAGCAGAGUUGUACAAUGAGUUCCCUGACCAAAUCAAGUUAAAUGCCAACGACAAUGGGCGCAACAGGGAUGGCGACAAUUGUGCUUGCUAGGUCUGAACAUAACGCUUUAAUGCUCGCAAAUUAUUAGUUUGAUUCUUUUUUAAAAGUAAAUACAUUAUAAUAAUAUUAUUGUAAGUAAUAUUUCCUUUUAUAUUAUCAUGUAAAAAUGUAUAGAAAUUUUAGAUACUCCACUGAUUUGGACCAUUGUUAUGCAUAUGAUAAUGGUCAAUUUCAUAUUAUAUGGGUGAUUGGUACUCCAAUAGAUAAACAAACUUCACUCAGAAAUUACAAUCUGCAUUCAUUUACAAUAAAAUUUUCAAUAUGUUACUUUGUGUCAUUUCUUGGUAUUUACUGAUUGCAGGAUAUCAAUUACUAUCAGAAGUUGCAAAUGUGUCGAGGUACUUUCUUGUAAAAAUAUGUUGCAGCUGAACAAACAACACAAUAAUAAAGGUGUUGCCUCACUUGCUUUCCAUACAAAUGUCACUUAGUUGACUGUACAUUAUCUGCAAGACAUUAUCUCAUCCAUUUAUUAUUAUAUUUGUACUUGUGUAUCUUAGCAUGUUAUUAUUAAAUUAAAUUCUAGCAUAGUAUAACCAUGUUUAUCACGGAACCAGUUGAAUAUUUUAUUUGUGUAAGUUUCAUCACGGGCUAUGGAUAACUGUACUCUCUGCAAUAAUUGUAACAUGUCCCUUAAAUUUAAUAUGAUGUGAUAUAGAUUUUCAUAGUUAUAAUAUUUUUUACAAAAAGCAGUGUUAUUUCUGUUGAAGACAAUGAAUUUUGUUAUUAAUGAAACUUGACUGCUUUUGGAUUUGUUAUUCUUGUCUGUUUUCUGUGAAUUGUUAAAAAAAAUGGGGAGUUGGCUAUUUUCUAUGUUUGCAUGAAAAUUUAUAUAAAAAUAAAUCUGUAUGUGUAUAUUUGAAUUUGAAAUAUUAGUUAUAAGUAGUUAAAGGUAACACAAUGUUAUUAGUGAUUACUCAGCAUUUUUGUAACAUAAGCUAUGAAUUGCUAUAUGCUACAAAUCAGUAACUUUAAAAGUCCUUUGAAUAAGCAGCUUAAUGCAAUGUUCAAUAAAAAUACAGCUUAAUUAGUGUUUUAGGUACAUUAAAAACCAUUUGUAUUACUCACAUCAUCAUAUAAUUGAUAAAUCUGUUUGGCCUUUAUUUAUAAUAGACAUGUCGAUAAAUCUAGAGCUGACAUAGAAGAGUACCUAUUUAUAAUAAACAUUCACAAGUAAUUAUAUGAUCUUGCCUAUUGGAUAUAUUCUAAAUUGGUUUUGCCUUUAUUAUUUGACUCGUAUUUCCGCUAGAUGUAAUGAGUAUAGUAGGAUUACAUACGAAUGCGUAAAUUAAGUCCUAGUUCUAAUGAAAAGUAACAAAAUAUGAUGUAUGCUGUAAUAAUGGUUGCUCUUAAUUUUAUAUCAAUAAAUAUAAAUCAUCUUA